CUUCGAGAUACAAAAACUCUCCUACCAAUGCCAGGUGUGAUUGUGGGUGACGUAGGAAAGAAACUUGGGCAGAAUGGAUUGGAUAAUGGAUUUGCCAUGUUCCACGAUGUCAGGAUCCCUAAAGCAAACAUAGUGAAUAUCUCAGGAGAUGUCACAUCUGAGGGGAAGUACUCAAGUCCAAUCAAGGACGUUAAGGAACGUUUUGGUGCAGCUCUGGGAUCCUUGUCCAGUAGCAGAAUUAUUAUCAUGGCAUUUUCCACAACCAAUUUAAAGCUUGCUGUAUCAAUAGCCAUUCGCUUCUCAGCAGCUCGCCGGCAGUUUGGACCAACUGACACAGAAGAAAUACCUGUUCUUGAAUACCAAACACAGCAAUGGCGUCUUCUUCCUUAUCUAGCUGCCACAUAUGCCUUAGAUUAUUUCUCCAAAUGUGUGUUUGAGCACGUCGUAGAAUUCUAUGCAGGCGUACUGACAAAACAAAGGAGUCAGAGACAGGCUGAUAUGGGACGUGAGCUUCAUGCCUUAUCUACUGCCAGCAAGCCACUGUGUUCUUGGACUGCUCAGCAGGCAGCCCAGGAGUGCCGAGAAGCUUGUGGAGGACAUGGUUACCUUGCCAUGAAUCGUCUGGGUGAGAUCCGAAAUGACAAUGAUCCAAACUGCACAUAUGAGGGAGAUAACAAUGUCCUGCUUCAGCAAACCAGCAACUACUUAAUGAGCUGGAUGAAUUGCAUAAGAGAUAAAGCUCCUUUUGAAUCCCCUUUUGGAACAAUAAACUUUUUGCAAGACUACCAUCGCAUCCUUGGCUGGAAAUUCACAGCCAUUAGUGUUGAAGAUUGCAUGGACUCCUCAG